AUGGGACCCUCUGCGCUGCUGCGGCUCUGCCUGCUGAGCACCCUGGCCCUGCACCCCACCCUGCAAGCCCCCCGCCCUCUGCCGGGUGUUGGGGUGCAGCGGCACGAGUGCCCCCCGGGCUGGCUGGAGUUGGGGCGCCGCUGCUACGGGUACUUCUCCUGGGAGCUCUCCUGGCGAGAGGCGCAGGGGUGGUGCAGGGCCUCGUGCAGCGGCUGCGGCCUCGCCUCUCUGCAUGGCCCCGCGGAGCACCGCGCCCUCGCCGCCUUCAUCGCCCAACGCCAACGCCGCGACGAUGAGGAUGAGGAGGACGUCUGGAUCGGGCUCUACCGCAGGGGCCGGGGGUGGCGUUGGUUGGGGGGCUCUGACCAGCGUUGCCCCCCCCGGAGGGGGGACGAGGACUCCGACAGCAGCCGCUGCGCCGCCUUGGAGGAGUCAACGGGAUUCCUGAGUUGGGAGGGAGAAUCCUGCGGGGAGAAGAAACCCUUCCUGUGCCAGCGGGUGCAGUAGGGGGGUACCCCAAAAUCGGCCCCCCAAUAUCGACCGGACCCCCCCCACACACACACUGCACCCCAACAUCGAUCGGACCCCAUCCUGCAACCCAACAUCGACUGGGACGCCCAACCGCACCCCAAUAUGGACCAGACCACCCUAACAGCACCCC